AUUAUUGAUAAUAAGACUGGAAAUCAUGACAGUGAUAGCAAAGAAAAUUUAAAACCGAUUACGAAUGCAGAUAAUCAGAAUGAUGAUAAUCUUUCAAAAAUCAUCACUUCUCCGAAAAUAGAACCGGCGACAAUGAAGUUUGAUUCAUCUUUAGCAAAAACUGAAACUGUAGAAGGAAAGAAAUCAAAAAAAAGCAAGAAAAGAAAAGGUGAUACAGAUUUAUCGACAGAGACUAAAUCCAAGAAGAAAAAAUUUCGAAAGAGCAUGAUUGACAAAAAAUUGCGGCAGGACAAGGAUCAGACUGAAAAUGAAUCUGAAGAGAAUACAAAGAAGAUUGUCCAUGAAAAUUCCAGUCAACAGCAAUCGAAAAAUGAAGAUGGCACACCACAAACAAUUGAUGAAACAGCCGAUUAUAAUACAAAUUUAUUGAAUGACAUCAACAAAUAUUUGAAUGACCCACCAACAGUCAAGGUUGUUGAUAGAGGAAAUAUUCAGCAGCAAUAUGACGUACUCAAUGAAGCCUCGUGUUCUAAUACUGAAACUAUUAAAGAUAAAUCAAAGAAAAAUAGUAAGACUAGUCAACAAUCAUUUAAGCCCAAAAAGACCAAGAGUGGAACAGUUUCAAAGGUGAAGACUAAGAAAAAAUCCGAUAAAGUUGAAUCUCGCCAUGAAAAAUUGCAUUAUGUAAUUGAACAAGUAGAAGAAAUGAAAAAAAGUGUCGAAAAUUUUCAACAAUUAGCCUCAACAGCAUUCCAGACACUCUUAUCUAACUGGCAGCAAUUCCAGAGUACGCGGGCAGCAAUACCAUCAGCAGUCAAGGCAAUCGAUUUUGAAAAUAUCCAAGUACCUCCACCAGUAGGUUUUAUUCGAUUGGAUACUGGAAUGGUAAGCCUUCAAUAUAAUUAA